CUCUCUUUAAACACAGGUCAGUGGAGAAUCAUUCUGUGAUCAGUCAGUUCUUUUCUCCUAACAGGUUAUUUCCCUGUCUCAGACAGUCUGACCCAGCAGGACCAUGGCUGAGUCGAACUUCCCCCUGCCUCCAGAUGGCUUCACAUGUCUUCUGUGUGCAGACAUGCUGCGAGACCCCGUCACCAUCUCCUGUGGAGACACCUACUGUCUGGAGUGCAUCAAGAUCUACUGGGACCAGUACGACCACCUGGGGGUGUACAGCUGCCCCCAGUGCCGGGCCACUUUCAGCCCUCGCCCCGUGCUGAGACGCAAUGUGCCCAACGUGACCCAGGAGCUCGAGCUGCAGCCCUUCCCCUACCUCCAGAGGGAUUCACUGUGUGACUUCUGUGUAGGCCGCCGCAGCAAGGCUGUCAAGUCCUGCCUGAUGUGCCUGGCCUACUACUGCGAGACACAUGUCAAGCCUCACUACGAGUCGGCCACCUUCAAGAGGCACAAGCUGGUGGAUGAGACAGGUCACCUGGACAGGAAGAUCUGUCCGCAGCACCAGAAGGGCCUGGAGCUCUUCUGUCGCUCUGACCAGAUGUGUAUCUGUGUGCUGUGUACAGUCAGGGAGCACCGCAGCCACAACAUCAUCUCUGCUGAGGAGGAGCGCGCUGAGAAACAGAAAAACCUGGCAGUGACCCAGUCUGAGGUCCAGCACAUCAUGCAGGAGCGGAUGAAGGAACUGCAGGAGUUGAGACACAAUGUUAACGUUCUGAAGAGCAAUGCCCAGCGGGUGAUAUCGGACAGUGAUAAGAUCUUCAGUGAGAUGUUGCAGGCAGUGGAGCGAUGGCACGCUGAGGUGAGCCAGCUGACUAAGGCCAACAUGCAGGUGGCCAUGUCACAGGCUGAGGGAUACGUGGAGCGGCUGGAGCAGGAGAUCCUGGAGCUGCAGCGCAAAGAUGUUGAGCUGCGCCAGAUCCUGGACACAGAGGAUAACAUCCACUUCCUACAGAAUUUCCCCACGCUGUGUGUUCCUCCUGAGCCCACGGUGCCCAAAGUACUAAUCAACCCCCAGUUCUCCUUCGGAGAGAUCACGAAGACUGCCACCGACAUGAAGGAGCAUCUAGAUGACAUCUGUAAGAAGGAGCUGAGCAAAAUCUCCAAGCUAGUAAGUGAUACCCCUGUUUACAUACUUUCACCAAGAGGUGGAGAAAAACAAUUCAAAGCACCCUCCAGGGCAGAUUUUCAGGAACCCAAAACUAGGGCAGACUUCUUGAGAUAUUCCUGUCCGCUCACCUUUGACCCCAACACAGCCUACAAAGAACUGGUUCUGUUUGAGGGGAACCACAAAGUGAUGCGGAAGAAGACAGUCCAGUUUUACCCGGACCACCCCGAGCGAUUCGAUGGCUUCUCCCAGGUUCUAUGCAGGGAGUCACUGGGUGGGUUCAGGUACUACUGGGAAGCAGAGUGGAGCGGGGAGUUCUCAAUCGGAGUGGCCUACAAGAGCAUCAGCCGCAAGAGUAAGAACUCUCACAGUCUGCUGGGCUACAACGACAAGUCUUGGAGUCUGCUCUGCUCUGACUCGGGCUACUCCGCAUGGCACAACAAGAUGGACAAAGAUCUGCCAGAGGCCCCGCGGGCCACACGGGUUGGAGUGUACUUGGACUACACUGCCAACACGGUGGCCUUCUACUCUGUGUCAGAGGCCAUGGAGCUGAUCCACAAAUUCAAGGCCCAGUUCUCUGAGCCCCUGUAUGCAGGCUUUGGAGUGGGUUCUUCCGUGUCCCUCUGCCAACUAAAGGAGAACCUCCAACUUUACCGAGCACAGUGAUAACAGACUGAAGGGCAUCUUCUCAGUGAAAAUACCACUAUGUAAACUACACAUUGCUAAUGUUGCACACAUUACGAAACAUUUAAAUGUAACACAUUUCAAUAAAAUAUAAAAUCAUAUGAGUGAAGAGUUAAGGAUAUUGCAAAUGACAAAAACUAUAAUCAAAUCAUUACUUUGACUUUAUUACUGUGACAUGUAAUCUUAGUCAAAGAAAAUUCCUAAAUUGGAAAUAUAUCAAUGGUUCUCUUUACAAACUGUGCAAAUAAAUAAAUAUGAACAUC